CCCCACCACCGCCUCUCUGUCUUCAUCCUCCUCCACCCACCCUCUUUCCCACGAAUCCCCCCAAAACCACUCGCAAAGAUGAAUCCCGCCGUGUCGAACAUGGUCCUCAUGUUUGGGCUCAUGCAGCUCUCCAAGAAGAUCCCCUUCGAGGACCCAAUGGUCGUCUUCUACGCCAGAUGCGUCUACGUGGCCAGCAACAUCAUUAUCUUCGCCAUCUACAUGUUCACCCGCUACAAGAUCACCCAGAAGAACGAUCUUACUACCCUCAAGUACGUCGAGCCUCCCUCUCCCAUGUCUGGAAGCUCUGAGAAGAAGCUCGUUACAACCACCAUCAAGGAGUACGAUCUCCUGCAGGUCACCACCGCCCUGAGAUCCUCGCUCUUCGGUAUCGCCGUCCUUCUCUUCAUGCACUUCAAGCUCGGCUACACCAACCCUCUUGUCAUGCAGUCCAUUCUCCCGCUCAAGAGUCUUUUCGAGCAGAAGAUCGUCCAGAUCCAUCUUCUCGGCAAGCCCGCCGUCGGAGACCUCAAGCGUCCGUUCAAGGCCGCCGGUCUGUUUGCUGGCGCGGGUGCCGGCGCCAACGUCGCUACCGACAAGAAGGCUAUCGAGGAGGCUGAGAAGAGCGGUCUGGGCGGCGUCAAGGAGGAGUAAAUCUGUUGAUGACCAGAGCUUGUAGUACUUGAAAAAGCAUCCGUUUCUUCUUCUCUUUCUUUCGGUUGGAGAAGGCAUUCUUCAGUCUUCGAUUCAUGAAAUCAGGUUCUUAUGAUAGCAAAAUAGAAAGUUCUAUGAAUUUGCGGGGAGAGUAGGACGCAAUUGGUUAUAUUCAUUCUUCUUUUUGUACUUAUAUGAUUAUUCAAUUUUUUGCUUUUGGUUUUACUUCAAGAUUCCAUUCUUGCCUUGUCUACAAAUACACUAAUAUACACACAUGU